AUGUAUGGUUCCGAGGGCGAUACCCGCGAUUUCAACUCGGUGGAUGACGACGACACUGAUUUCAAGAGCGACACCAUGUACGACUCAUUGCGAACUGGAGGGUCGGGCCGCUUGCACGCUGUUGAGACACCACUUGGGUCUAUGUAUGAUGAGUCACCUCCUAGUACGGCCGGCAAUGGCAAGGCCAAACGGCUAUCCAUACAAGAGAUACUCGGGAAAGACUGGGAGGCCAGUAGUAAGAUCUCCGAAGAAGAUGAGAACACACAGACCCCAGUUCGUGACAGGAAGGCGGCAACGCACCUGGACGCUGAAUAUGGGUUUGCUGGCAAGGACCACGGCCGAUUCUCCAUUGACGAAGACUUCGACGAGGACUGGACCAGGGAUAUGGAAGACACGCCUUACAAUGCUCUGUCACCGCCUUCAAAGGGGAGUUCGGUCAAUCUGACGGCCGUCAACCCGCAUGUGCGACUUGCUCUGGCCAACGUUUGCGGCAACAGUGUGCGCGAGGCCUUGGGGGGAGAUCGCAAAGCUGAGAGGCCUUUGAGUAACAUAUUUGACUGGAGCGAGCCGCCUGCGCACGACAAGGUCGAUGCCACAGGCCAUGGCUUACGACCGCAAACCGCGUACGCCAUUCAGGACGUGGACGCUAGAGGCGGGCGGUCAGCCAUUCGGAAGGGACCGACACCAACACACGUCCGCAGCCAGAGCGUUCCUGUUGUGCAGGAAGCCGCUGAUGAGACCAACGCCGCAGCUGGCUCCAAGUAUGGAACCUGGGGUCUUGGUACGAAAACCAUCAGCGAGGACUGGGACGAUGAUUUUGAGUUCGGCGGCGAAGACGAGACUAAUGACACGGACAUUGAGGAUAGGUUCGCAGUACCCGAGUCGAUACAAGCAGCCCAGCCAAGCGUCAAAGCGCACUCUGGACAGAUUCGCGAGCUCUCUCUGCUCGUCAACGAUCUGCAACGACUAUGCCGCCACGGCAAGGAGAUGGACCUCCUGGCCGGCCCGCAGAAGAGUUUGUGGAAGGAGGCAGAAGGCAUCAUUGCCCUUGCGUCGCCUGAUGACGACGACAUGGCUCCCGACUACGACACUUCAUCAUCGAUUGAGCUGGAUUUCGACGCCGAGGACCAAUUCUCCGACGAUGAAUUCGAGCCCUCAUCCUUGGAAAAGCUCGAUGCUGCGCUGACGGGACGGGAACCAAUCAUGUCGAAGACAGCCGUUGUCCGAGACCGCCCGUCUCCUCGUCGGCGGUCUGUAUUUUCCCCUGAUGAUGAUAUCUUCGGCGCUCAGUGGCCUUUGACCGAAGACAACCUGCAAGCCGCACGUGCGAACCGGCCGAGGACACCGGAAUCACGCUUGAUCAAGUCCACGGAUGUCAACGGAGUAGUGAAGUCCGUGGUCGAAGUCAUGCAGCAGCAGCAGCAGUCCGUUGCCAACCCACCUCAGGCCAACGGCAUUGCUCACAGGAAGAUGCAUUUCGACACCAACAGCUUGAAGGUCCUGGUCAAACGGGCUGGCGACCUGAGAGAUAUUCUCUCUGACAGUAUCCGCCAGGUAGACCAGAUCACACACAGCCCGGCACGAACGCCUCGUCAUCAGCGGCAGCUUGAGUCGAGCCCUGCCUUUGUCAAGGUUUUCGAUGAUCCUGCCUCGAGUCCGCCGAGGCGAACUGUCCGCAGCCGAACCAACACGGCGAUGAGGGACGACACUUCACCAGACGCAUCACCAUCCACUGGCGUCACUCGUCGGCUGCAGCUGAUGACUGUGCAAUAA